AUGGAGAUUGGUGAUCUUAAUCCUGCCGUGGCAUUGGACCGGCUAAGCACAGCCCUUAGGCCGGGGCCGUUCGUAAACAGUUUGUGCAAAAAACCACCCAUUGAUAUGAAUGACCUCCGACGAAGAGCCGAGAAGUAUAUGCAAAUGGAGGAACUGGCUGAGACCCGAAACCAGGCCAGGGCCGAAGAGGGUUACGGCCGAAAGGAGCCAGCCCGAAAGCCCAUGAAAAAAGCAAAUGCCGAAUCCUCGAGCACUCGACCGCCGAGAGGACCACGCUACACCGCCUACACCCCCUUGAAUACGAGCAGGGUCAAGGUGAUGGAGCAGGCCCUGGCUUCUGAAAUCCUUGUAAUGCCGAAGAGGGCGAACACUCCCCCAAGAGCCGAUAAGGCGAAAGCGUGCCGGUUUCACCGAAACAGAGGACACUCGACCGAGGAAUGCUCGGCAUUAAGAGACAAACUCGAGGACCUCAUCAAACAGGGCCACCUGUCAAGCUUUAUUACCCCACAGAACCACCAGUCAAGAGGGAGUAACCGCCACCACUCACGUGAAGCACCCCCACCAAGAGACCGACGCCACCAAUCCCGGUCAAACGAAAGGAGAGACCAGUCAAGGAAUUCUCGAGAAGACGAUGACCGACCGAGAAAGAUAAUAAAUACGAUAGCUGGGGGCUUCGCCGGGGGAGGUUCCACAUCUUCGGCGAGGAAAAGACACCUCCGGGCCGUACGGUCGGUUAAUAGUGUGAACCAGCCAAGGAUGCCCAGGAUGCCACCCAUAACCUUCUCCGACCUAGAUUUCCGGGGGGUUGAUCCUGUUCAGGACGACCCCAUGGUGAUUUCCGUCAAAGUACAAAACUGCAUCGUGAAGAAAACUUUGGUUGAUCAGGGGAGCUCGGCCGAUGUACUGGAAUACAUUUGUACAACUCGGAAUCCCUGA